AUGCAAGAAUUCAACCAAUCCGGCAACGCACUCAAAAAUCUGCCCACAGCACUGUUUCUCGUUGGCUAUAUAACCGGCUCUAUGGUGUUUAGCACAAUGAGUGAAACGAUUGGCCGCAAGCCCGUGCUUCUGGGCACGUUUACAGUCUUUGUACUGGCAACUCUGGCAUGCGCUGUUGCGCCCAAUUGGGGGUCUUUUCUGGCUUUUAGGAUUAUCUGUGGUCUUGCGGGCGCGGCGCCGCAGACUGUUGUUGGUGGGUUGUAUGCGGAUAUGUUUGUUGAUGAGCGGACUCGUGGGCGUGCGAUGGUUUCGUACAUGUCGGCGUCUAGUUUUGGUCCCAUUCUAGGACCGAUUAUUUCUGGAUGCUCUGUUGAGUAUGGUUGGAGAUGGACGUUCAGAAUCGAUUUGAUCUUAAAAGGCACCACUUGGUUGGCCCUUUUAUUCACUUCUGAAACUUUUGGGCCAGCCCUCUUGAAACAACAAGCAUCUAAACUGAGGAAGAAAUGGGGAAGCGAGCGAUACUUUUCUCGAGCAGAAUUGCGCUCAGACUCGACAUUCAGCACAACCCAGCUCAUCAUCAGACCCAUUACGAUGCUCGUUUGUGAGCCUAUUAUUCUGUCGACUACGGUGUACAUUUCUAUUGCGUAUAGUCUGGUGUUCUUCUAUUUUCAGGCGUAUCCCAUCAUUUUUGAGGGAAUCUUUGGCUUCGAUGUAAAGUCAGCAUCUCUCACAUAUAUCCCAAUCGGCAUUGGCGCCUCAUCUUCCGGUCUCUUGACCCUCUGUUACGACAUAUACUACGAGAAGAGUAAGAAGCUCGGCAAACCCUGGACCUCCAGUCCCGAACUCCACCGUCUACCUUUAUCCUGUAUCUCUGGCCCCUGUCUCACUGUGAGCAUCUUUUGGCUCGCAUGGACUGCCAACUCAAACAUCCACUGGAUCGUACCAGUUGCUUCUGGAUUAGUAUUCGGAUUCGGAUACCAGAUUGUCUUUACUUCACUAUUGACCUACGUCACCGACGCAUACAAGACAUACUCCGCCAGCGCACUCGCAGCUUCCGUCGUUGUGAGGAGUAUCGCAGGCGCAUUCUUACCCUUUACUGCAACACCGCUGUACGAGUCGCUGGGAGCUUCAUGGGCGACGUCGGUGCUGGGGUUUGUGAGUUUGGCGUGUAUACCAAUUCCGUUUGCGUUGUUGCAUUAUGGCGCUGAGAUUCGGAAGAAUAGUCCGUUUUGUCAGAGGCUUGUUGCUGAUGAGCAGAGAAUUAGUGCAGGUGUGCAGCGGGUAUAA